UGGGUACAUCAUUCCUUGUAUCAUUCGGCUUGCUACAUUUCUCCUUCGGGCGAUCCUUCCUUCUGUCAUAUACGGCGCUCACUCUAGACGCCCAUAAUUCCCUAGUAUAAAUCCUUUUCAUCUUCGUGCUUCUUCAUCCAAGUCUAUCUCACCCUCGAUCUUCCUCUCUUUAGUCUCUUCUCACCAUGCCUCGUAAGGUAGCAUUCUCUGCGAAACAAAAGAAAGCCCAGCUCCGGCUAAAGCGUGCCGUAAAACGGGGCGACAUUUCCCCUCCGCCUAAACAAGAUCGACGUCGCAAGACAAGAAAAGGUCCUUCAAAUUCUGCUCAUGAUGUUGAUGCCGUGGAAUCCGUGCGACGGUUGCAAUCUGCUUUUGUAAAGCUCCCGCGGGAGUUUCUUGAGCGAACGAAAGUCCUGGCUGCUACCUUGCCCCUCGAACGUCCUAUCUCAUCGGAGGUUGCGCUCCUGCAUGAUCCUGCUAUUGCUGCCGCUCAUCCUAGCAUUGCGAGCGGGUUGGAACCGGAUCAGCUCUUGACUUGUCCUGUGAGACCGAAAUGGCGAUACGAUAUGACGAAAGCAAUGGUGGAAAAGAACGAGGAAGUCAUAUUCACAAAGUGGCUUGAUCGGACGGAUGAGGCCGUCAACAAGUGGUGCAAUGCCCAGGAAGAUCAAGCGACCCCGAGCACAGACGAGCAGCUCGAAAAUAAACAGCCAGUUAUGCCCCAUGCUCCUACCUCAUUUGAGAGGAACAUCGAAGUAUGGAGACAAUUAUGGCGGGUCACAGAAAUCUCUCAGAUCCUGCUGAUCCUGCUGGACGCUCGUUGUCCAUUAUUACAUUAUCCGCCCUCUCUUUCGGCGUAUCUUUCCAAUCCAUACCUUGCCAGACGCACCCGUACGAUCCUCGUCCUGACCAAGGUCGAUAUCGUAGGGCCAGUCAGGGCUGAAGCUUGGACACGUUUUCUCAAACAAAAGUAUCCGAAUUUACGUAUUGUCCAAGUGGAAUCGUACAUUGAGAAGAGUGCCGGCGAAGGGUCGGGUCAGAGAAAACACUAUGAACCUCAUCUUCCUUCCACAUUCCGCCAGACACUGGUAGAAGCACUCAAGGAAACACAUGCGGAGUUUCUAGAGCCUCCUGUGCGCCUGAAAGACUUUCCUGAAAAACUUGCGAAGUGGAAACCCUCGGUGAAGCGUAAUAUCGAUUGGGAUGCCGUGCUGCAUGCUAGAGGUGGACAAGUCGGCACUGUGGUAGGAGGGGCCACUGCACCUCGUCCAACAGACCUUCCUCCACAAGGUAUUCCAGAGAAUAGCGAUGAAGAAGACGAACAGCGUGAAGCAGAACCUGAGCCUGAAGUGUUCACUAUUGGGCUCAUUGGUCAACCCAAUGUUGGCAAGUCGUCCUUGCUGAACGCCCUGUUUGGCAUCACGAAAGUGAAAGCAUCCCGAACGCCGGGCAAGACGAAACACUUCCAGACACUGUUCUGGACUCCCGAAGUUCGAUUAGUCGAUUGCCCCGGUUUAGUCAUGCCGAAUCUAGUACCAAUGGAAAGCCAGGUCUUCAGCGGUAUUUUCCCAAUCUCCCGUGUCUCUGCAGUUCCACUGUGUAUCUAUCACGCAGCCCAACUUCUUCCACUAGAACGCAUAUAUGGCCUGCAGCAUCCGUCCCUGCUACCUAAACCAGAAGAGGACAAACGAACCUGGAGGGAACCACGUGCAGGCGCGAUGAAGGAACAGAAAGAGUUGAAAUGGACUGCAAUGGAUAUUCUGACCGCUUACGCGUUGAAGAAAGGUUGGAUGACUGCUAGGACUGGCUGGCCUGAUGUACAUCGGGCGGGCAACGCCAUGCUGCGUGCCGUAGCCGAAGGCAAGAUUCACUGGGGUUUUUGGCCACUGGAUACUGAACUAUCAACUGUUGAGGAACAUCAUGGUGUUGGCAACGGCAUAUGGAUACCGACUUCUGAACACCACGAUUUUGACUGGGAUUUUGACAGCGACGCUGGUCACGACGACCGAGAUGUUGAUGAUGUUUCCGACGAGGAAGAGGAGGGAUCAACAGAUGUCAGUGCGGAUGAAACUAGCGAAGACGAAAGCCCGACGGCGACGGUAUCAGCAACGGCGGGACGAUUUAAGGCGUUGUUGCUGGAUGAUAGAGACGAAGAAGUAGAUGAUGAUGAAACAUGAGAAUCCCAAGAUGAGUAAAGAUGUAGGAUACAAAUAUGCAGCUAUCUACUGUAAUGUGUAGGGUAUUGGUAACUCUAGCAUACACACAAGAAAUAUAGGUAUAGGGAAGAUUUCCAUUCU